CAAUGACAUUGUGGUAAUGAGCAAUGGCGUUAUGGUAAUGACGUAAUGACGUUAUGGGUCAUGGUUACGGUCUGAUUUGUGGGUUUCUGGACGGUGUCAGUGAGGUUUUACAUGUUGGUUUUGGGGGUUGGGCCUCGAUGAGCAUUGCACUGCAGCUUUUUUGGUUCAUGAUAUAGAAACACAACUUCAUGAGAGAGUUAUUUUUGAACAGUUUGGUUGCCCGUUGUUGAAGUGUUGCUGUUGAGACUUUCAGAAACAGACCAAUGGCUUUCGUUUCCGGAUCCCCGAGUUUUUUCGUGUUGGUGUAAUAGAUUGGGCAUCCGUGUGGCACAGGUGACACACCAGGGCAAGCAGUUCACACGCACUGUCCCCGAAAACCACGGAACCUCUGUGAGCCCUUUGGCAGGUACCAAAACAAUUGAUAGAUCUUGGAGGUCGUUGAAAGAGUUUCUAGCACCUAUGUCCGGGAUGACAACUGUAAUUCUGAGGUGUCGUUCGUUUCUGGGGGUGUGAAGAGCUAGUUCUGAACCGGAAUUCUGAGGUGUUUUGGACACUGUUGUCUUAUCCUUAGUCAGGGGCCAUAUUUAAUCAUACCCUUCACACCUUCGAAUUUCUCCCCGCUGGCCCUGCGAAUAUUGAAGCAAAGGGAUCGUGUACAAGAGCACCAAAACAAUCCAAAACACACGGCCAUCUAUGGCACGUAUACCUAACUUCAUCGAUGUCGCGGCUUCCAGCACCAAAAACUGAUUGGUCCUCACAGUUUCCAACCUGUGUUCAGGAAGAAUGUCACCAAGAACUGGAAUCCAGAGAGGAGACUACCACGCUUGAUCCCUUGAGAGUGUCCAAGCUACAACAGCUGGAGCAGCAGAAUCAGUUUUUGGCCAACGAGCUGGAGGAGAUGGAAUCGCAGCUCCGCAGCGGGCGUAGCCCGAAGAGCCGCGGACGAAGGGAGCUCCAUGGCGCGGCGGAGGGUGCUGAGGCCUUGCGAAGCGAGCUGGGAGAGGUGAAGGCGACCGAAGAAGCGCAAGAGGCCCGAUGGCACCUGGAGGAACGGACGUGGAACUCGGAGCUGAAGGAAGUGAAGGAGCAGGAUCGGGCACUGCUGUCGGCGCUGGAGGCUAAGCUUCGAGGGCUGGUGGAGGCCAACCAGCUGCUUCAGGAAGAGUUGCACCGUGAGGAAGAGAAGACACGACAGAAGACCACGGCGCUCAGCACCGAGGUGCUGCAACUGCGGCAAGAUUUGUGGCUCCAUAGCCCAUCCGAGCGCUCAGAGCUUUGGAGUGGCGCAGACGGUUCGAGCAGGCGAAGCUCGAAGACGUCCAGCCGUGGGUCGACCGGCACACGCCGGUCGGCCACAGCCAGCUUCAAGCCGCUGGAAGAGAUCCCUUCCCUGGCCGCCGACACCGCAGUGACCGCGACGACCGCAACGACCGCGACGACCGCGGCUUCGGUGGAGGCGGCGGCGACCGUGGCGAUGGCGGCGGCGCGGAGAGCGUCGGCGGUGGUGGGAGGCCUGGUCGAUGAUGCGCUGCUGAGUAUGGGCGACUUGAUGGAACCGAAGGAGCCUAAGGCGACGAGUGACCGUGGGGUCCAAGACCCCAAACUGGAGGUCGACCAGGCGGAAACAGCGGCCACGGCGGCAUCCAGUGCGGCUUCGACGACGUGGUCGGAGUUCUGGGCCUCGGGCAGUCGACACUCGGCCAGCGCGCUGGAACACUUCGGCCAGUUGCUGCAGCAACAGGUGAAUUCCGCCGCGGAGGGGCUGACGACUCGUCCUUCCCGCCAAGACGAUCACAGCCGUUGAACGAAGCGUCGCUGCUCGCGGCUGUCGGCUGUAGGUGAAGUUGACUGGCCAAACUCCUGUGUGGAGAGCAUCGUGAAAUUGGAUGGAACAAGAGAUUCCGGUGGAAUGGUGCGCGAAAGCGCACGUGCGUGGGCGCGAAAAAAAGGGCCGAACGCUGCAUCGAAGCUUCAGCGCGUGCAGAUGAAACUGCACUUGAAUUGGUUUGGGGAUGCGUAGGGAACAUUGAAGGAUGAAGACGAGAGUCCGACAGAUGGG